AUGUCAGCGCAUAUAUAUACAACAUCCAGAAUCGUGGACAGAAGAAGACAGAGCAGCAACACAAACACCCUAACCCGCCGCCUCCACUGCCAACGACAGAAACAAUUCACCUGGGAUCCUGGCAGCACGUCCUCAUCAUCAGCAUCCUUCGAACAGCAAGAUAGUGUCGGUGACUAUAUCCACCACACAAGACUGGCAAGACACACCAUGAGUCUCACCCACUACAGCUCAGCAACCGACGACGACGAAGACUACACCUCCAGCGACAACGAUCACUUAUUCAUGAAAGACUCGCCCCGUCGCCAAAGCAGUGGCACCGCUAGUCCACCACGUAGCACCAGUGACGCUCAAUCCAUACCUCCCUCUUCACGAAGCCGGACGUCAAGUCGCUCCACACCCAUCUGUGUUUGUCGUAACCCUUCCGCCAUCGCUUCAGCCGCGUCCUCGGCUGCCGCAUACAGUCCAGUCGAACCCGCCAUCUGGAGCGAACUACGACGACUCUUCCACGGCAAAGAUCCACGAAAGCAAUUCGAUAUCCUGCGGGGGAGUACGCCAGCGAGAGACGAGCAAGGGAACGGGUUCGUGCUUGUGGAAGCUAGAGUGCAAGCGAAGGAUGGAUCGAUGAUUGCAAAAGGGGAGCCAUGCACUGAUGAUGUCUUGUCAUUGAGAAGCCUGAGGAACGCGUUGAUGGAGACGAAGGGACUAAAGCAUUUGCCAUUUGAGAAUGGGGAUGAGAUUAUUGCGGGUAGGAUCGAGGGGUUUGAGAAGGUGUGUUCGGCUUGUAGUCUGCCACGCUACUGA